AUGGCUACCAACGAUGUCCAGAUUCCUAUCCAAUCGGCGCUCGAUAUCGGUGGUAAUCAUUUCAACAAAGAUGGCCGAGACCGCCCAGUCCCUAGCCAGUACAAAGGCUUAAUGACAGUACUUGUCGGAGAAUUUUGCGGAACAUUCAUGUUCCUCCUACUCUCUUUCAUCGGAACGCAAGCAGCGCUGGACAACAACAGUCCUGGCCAAGCUGAUGCCGUCCUUUCGCCCUCAAGCCUGCUCUUCAUCGCAUGCUCUUUCGGAACUGCGCUCGCCGUCAACGUCUGGAUCUUCUAUCGUGUUACUGGCGGAAUGUUCAACCCAGCUGUCACCCUUGGACUUGUCCUUGUUGGUGCUGUCACACCGAUUCGAGGCGCCCUGGUCGUUCCGACGCAAAUUGUUGCGGGAAUCGCUGCCGCCGCUGUGGCAGACGGUCUGCUACCUGGUCCUCUCGGUGUAGCGAACGCCUUGGGUAGCGGGACGAGCAUUGUCCAGGGCCUCUUCAUUGAAAUGUUUCUUACUGCGCAGCUGGUUCUUACGGUAUACCUCCUUGCUGUUGAAAAGCACCGGGCUACUUUCCUAGCUCCCAUUGGUAUUGGCAUGUCCGUUUUCAUCGCUCACGUCUGCGGUGUCAAUUUCACUGGUACAGGAAUUAAUCCCGCCCGAUCAUUCGGUCCCGCGGUUGUAACGCGAUUCGUCGGCUAUCACUGGAUCUACUGGCUUGGUCCCGUGAUGGGUUCUUUUGUCGCUUUUGGCUUGUACACUCUGCUGAAAUGGCUAGAUUAUUCUACUGCCAACCCGGGUCAAGACUCAGACGAUAUUGAGAAGGGCCGCAGGGCUUCAUUCAACUCGCACUCAACUGCCAACACCAAGCGACCAACUUUGGGGAGCGCUGACAGCAGAAUGGGCCCUGGUAUUGCAGCCUAA